AUGUCAGCUACAGAAGGAACACCACAGAACACAAACAUACAAACCGUUUCACGUCAUAUCCUUGAAGACCAACAUCAAUCACCAGCCGCUUCAGGCGACCUUUCCUUGCUCCUUACAUCAGUUACCUUAACAUCUAAGUUCAUUGCUAACAAUGUACGUAAAGCCAGACUUAUUAACCUUAUCGGUCUCGCAGGUGAGACAAAUGUACAAGGUGAAGAUCAGAAGAAAUUGGAUGUUCUCUCUAAUGAAAUCAUGAUAAACUCACUUAGAGCAUCUGGUAAAACCGCCGUUUUGGUUUCUGAGGAGCUUGAUGACCCUGUAUUCAUCGAGGACGAGAAGAAGGGCAAGUAUUGCGUCACUUUCGAUCCAUUAGACGGUUCAUCCAAUAUCGACGCUGGUGUUAACGUUGGUACUAUCUUCGGUAUCUACAAGCUCAGAGAGGGAUCUAAGGGUGAGAUUGAAGACGUUCUUCAAAAGGGUUCCGAAAUGGUUGCUGCCGGUUACACUAUGUAUGGUGCAUCAACCAACCUCGUUAUCACAACUGGUUCAGGUGUAAAUGGUUACACUCUCGACCCGGCACUCGGUGAAUUUAUCUUGACACACGAGAAUAUCACACUCCCUGAAAAGGGCUCAAUUUACUCUUUCAAUGAGGGUAACAGCAAGUUCUUCCACGAACCAGUCAACAAAUACCUCGACUCUAUAAAGAAUCCAGCUGAUGGUUCAAAACCAUACUCUGCUAGAUACAUUGGUUCCAUGGUUGCUGAUGUACACAGAACCCUUCUCUAUGGUGGUAUCUUCGGUUACCCAGGUGACAAGAAGACAAAGGACGGUAAACUCCGUAUCCUUUACGAAGGUUUCCCAAUGGCAAUGUUGACUGAACAAGCUGGUGGUAUCGCUACUACAGGUACAGAGCGUAUCCUCGACAUCAAGCCAACAUCAAUUCACCAAAGAGUACCAGUUUUCCUUGGUUCAAAGCAUGAAGUGAACCAAGUUAUUGAAUUCCACAAGAAUGCAUGA